ACCCCCGCCAUGGGGCGGAGGAGCAGGAGCGGCUGCAGGAACUGGUCCACGAUGCCCAUGCCCUGGAUUCAGUUUACCUCACUGGGUUCACAGAAACCGACAAGACUUUUGUGAUCACUCGCCUCGGAAGGCGUCCAAAUGGCCUAUGUGAAAUGUGGCUCUUCCUCCGAGUGGAUGGAAUUGGAGAGUUUGAACACCCAGUGCAUCCAGACAUGAUGGUGAGUGAUGAGUCUGAAAAAUGCUGGCGUGGCGGAGGUCUGAUGAUUGAAUGCUUAGAGCCACACAGACGGUGGAAAAUAAAAUUCAAUGGACUACUCAGAAAGGGACCGUAUCGGCAUCAAUGGAACGAAGAGGAGGGCGAACUUGUCCACGUUAAAUUCUCUUUCCACUGGACUUCCUUCUCAGAUGUAUUCGACUUUCAGCUUGACAGCCACCCAAAAGCGUUUGCAGAGGCCUUUGCUUUGGAAGAGUGGAGUGCAGAGUUCUUCAAAAGAGUCCAAAAAGAUGGGGAGCAACAAUCUCGUUAUGAACAAUGGGGUCAAUCUGUAGGAGAGAUUGAAAUUGAAGGCCAUGAGAAGAAAGAGAUCCUUCUGAGAGGUGUUCGGAGCCACUCUUACGGCAUUCGAAACUGGGCUGAGAUUUACCGCUAUGUCAUGAUUUUGAUGCAUUGUGAGGAUGGGACCUCAGCACACUUAACUGUUAUUUCUAUACCAGCAACUACAACACAUUUCGCUGUAGGUUAUGUUCUUUUCCCCAAUGGGAAGAAGGCUGGCAUUGACUGGUCCAAUGCCUCACUGGCAGACGUGGCAGACGACGGUAUGAUCAGAGACAUAUACCGAGUCAGUUUCACUGCAGGUGGCAAAUUCUUUGACAUUCGUGCUACACUUGACAAACAAGCUCGCCCGGUGGUGUAUAAUGGUCUAACGGGGACAGGGGUAUUCCAUGAGUGCAUUGCUGAUUUCCGACUGAAUCUGACCAUCCGAGGCUGGGGCUUGGUUGAAUUUUAUUACAGAGAUGCAGCGGGGCAACUUAGUCAGAAUUCUGGCUUUAGGUGGAAGGAGCCGUCUCUUCCUCCCACCUCUGAAUUUGUGGUGUCGUUCACUGAAGAGCACUCUCAAUGCCCCCGGGACGUGGGGGGCAAAGGAGCCCAGCUAGGUCAGCUCACAUACUUACAAAAGCAGCUCGGGAACAAGUUCAUCGUCCCUGAAGGCUUCUGUGUCACCGUGUUAACCCUGGAACAUCAGAUGAAACAGAACCAUGAUCUCCAGGAAGCUGCGAGGGAGCUCACUGAAGUGGCUUGUAAAAUAAAACCAGGAAACCUUCAGGAGCUUUGCAAAAGAUGUUCUGACUUGUUCAGAGCCACCACGCUCUCCAGUGAGAUAGAAGAUGCAAUCCUGCAGCAGCUAGAAGAGCUAGGACUGCAGCAAGAGCACCUAGUUGUGAGAUCUAGCGUUGUUGGGGAAGAUACAACAGCAAUGUCUGCUGCCGGGCAACUCUACACCGAGCUGGAAGUUAGGGGGAGUCAACAGGUGUGUGAGGGGAUACAGAUCUGCUGGGCCUCACUCUACUCAUUCGCAGCUGUGCAGUAUCGCAGGCAACGAGGCCAACCGAUCCCUGCGCGCAUGGGAGUUGUCAUCCAGCGAAUGGUGCCGGCCGACGCAGCAGGAGAGCUGUUCACCUGUGACCCAGUUACUGGACAUCCUGGGAAGAUGGUUAUCAGUGCCAGCUGUGGACUUAGGGAGGCGAAGGGCAGUGACUGUGCUGAACCUGACACGAUCACACUUCGUCACAGCCCAAAGGGUGGGCUUCACCUCACCAGCAAGAAGAUGGGCUCCAAGCCGCAGGGUGGCCAGUUGAGAGCUGGUGGAGGCACUGCAGAAGAUGACUGCCCUACAGAGGCCCAGCGGUGCUGCAUUUCUGAGGACACCAUCAUGAAGUUGGCUGGUCUUGCUCUCCAGGUGGGAAAAGCACAUGGAACCGCAAGGAAUAUUGAGUGGACCGUGAAGGAAAACGUAAUCUACUUCCUCCAGGAUAGACCUGUGACAGCUUUUGAUCUGGAGUCAGAAUUUGAGCUGAUGCAUGAAUUUGACUCUGGUUUCCCAUCAGACUAUCAGUGGCUAACAACAGCCAAUAUAAGUGAAACAGCUCCCGGUGCUGUGACCCCACUGAUGUGGGCUGUGUUUGGGAGAGCCCUACAGUAUGCAGCUCAGCAAUUCUGUGUGCAUAGUGGAGGGCUGGAUGGACUCAAGCCAUACAGUUUUCGAUGCCUGGAUAUGUACUGCGGCCAUUUGUUCCUGAAUAUUAUGUCGAUUGCUGUUUCAUUUGAACAAGCCAACCUGGUGUAUGGGAAGAACAAAGCUCUCUGCUUUUUGAUAGAACAAGAACUGCCUGAGUUGAGCUCUUAUGACCUUGUUGUAACAUACGGGGAAUUACCAAUGUGGAGAAAGAUCUUAAAUAGCUUCAAAUCUGCAAUGUUCUUGCUGAGCAAUAUUUUUAGACAACGGCAUUGGUUCAAGCAACUCCAGACCUUCCGCAUUCCCUCUGGCAGCAAUGCCACGGAAGCUUAUCUUCAUAUUGAUCGACUUCUGCCAGAAUAUUCUGAUGCACUUUUAACUUCACUGAUGUGCUCUGCAGCAUUUGCGAUGUGGCCCACUUAUUUGCUUAGCACCUUGUCUCAAGGAGAAAACCAUUGGACCCCUGAGGCCAUGGCUGCUAUGGCUGUUCUCUGCCACACCUGCUCAGAUUCAUCUGUGGAGCUGCCCAGGGCAGUUGAGGCUAUAAUUCAGGCUGUUAGAGACCAAGGAGAAAGUGCAGAAUUUAUAACAAUGGAUCCACAGGCAGCAGUGUCAUGGCUGCUUUCAUCUGACAGUGGAGAGGCUGGGAAGACAUUCCAGAGCUUUCUGGAAAAACACGGUUUCCACAGCUUUGGAGAAGCGGACUUGCGGGCUAAACCUUGGGCUGAUGACCCUGCCCAAUUGAUUCCACUUCUUCAAAAAGCACUAGAGCGUGGCCAAGUUUCCAAGAAGAAAGCCCAAACAUCAGUGGAAGAAGCCAUUGCUGCGAUAAAAGCCCCAGUCACUGGGCUCAGAAAGUUUAUACUCCCUUUUCUGGUAAGAAAGGCAAGGGAAGGGAUUUCCAAACGUGAACAUUCAAAGGACUUAGCUAUGAAGGUUUAUGCCUUAUUCAAGACAGCAUACUGGGCUCUGGCUAAGCACAUGGUUGAAGAGUGUUUCUUGCCAGAUGAGGACUUGUUGUUCUUCCUAACACAUUUAGAGAUUGGAGAAGUCUUACGGUGUAGAUCAGCAGACAUCGUCCUCAGGGCGAGCAGGAGGAGGCAAAUAUUAGACCAUCAGAUGGCCUUACAGUUCCCAGAGGUGAAUGUAGCCAGACCGGUUCCUUUACAACUUGAGGUGGGCGCAACACUGACAGGGGAGGCCAUGCUCAGUGGCGUAAUAAUUAGUCAUGGAGUGGCUAAAGGAACAGCCCGGGUGUUGAAGACUAUUCAAGAAGUUAGCAGUAUUAAGCAAGGAGAUAUAUUAAUUGUGACAACCAUAGGUGUUGGCUGGACUUCAUGCUUUCCCUUACUUGGCGGCUUAGUCACAGAAAUUGGAGGAGUGCUGUCACGUGGUGCUGUAAUUGCAAGGGAUUAUGGGCUGCCCUGUAUUAUGAAAUGUAAGGGUGCAACCUCCUAUUUUAAGUCAGGAGACAGAGUGAUACUGGAUGGAUUCAAAGGAACGGUGCAGAAAAUUGAGGCAUAAGACUGUUCACAGAAAGGAAAGGCCUACCCAUGAAACUACGAUACCAAUUUGAAAUGGUGCCUCUUCUUUUGGGAAUACUCUGUCAUAUGUAGAGUAAAUUUGUUGAUCACUUAUGAAUGUUGGUGGUCAAGUUGCAAUUCUUCCUGUUGAGCUAAAGAUUAGGUUAUCAAUUGAGAACUAUAUAGUGACCAUUCAUAUAUCAUGGAAAAUCAAAUUUAAAAAACCCAAUGGAUUCUCCUAGUGAUAAUUUUGUGAACAAUCUGUUGGAUAAUAUCUAUUCUCCCAAACUAUUCAUUGAAAAUGUGCAGACAAAGAGCACAUUAGCAAAAGGAAUGCCAACUUCACAAAUAAUGUGUAUAAAUGGCUAGCUUAAAAUAGUUCAGCCAUUGAAAGUUAAAGCAAGUAACAAUGAGUGAAACUGGAAUACUUUUCCAUACAGUCUAUGGAACUCACUGCUACAAGAUGUCAUUGAGGCCAAA